AUGCCGUCUCUCGAAGGCCUCACUGAGGGGCAACCAACCCUGGACGCCAUAAAUAAUGCCACGGCACAAGACACUGAGGAGCUUACUUUUCCGCCCGUGACUAAGGAGCACAUUCUAAACUGCUCGUACGACAGCUGGUUUACCAAGUAUCGAACAGUGUCAAUCAGGUCCAGAAUUGUCAAGCUGUCGCCUGAUUUUGUCCAGUACAUCCGCGACGAUGGCAUCAUUCUCGCCGACGACGACGAUAUUCUUGACGAGGAAGAUGAAGGGGAAUGGUCCGCCUCAUCAAAUACAGCCGGUGCGCCUAGACGAAACCAACAUCUCGAGGAAGACAGCUCCGACGACGAACCUGAGGCCGACUCUCGGCCGCCGAAUGAGCGCUUCCCUGAAAUUCAUCAGGAGAUCCGGAACAUUAUCAAGGAAUUGGGAGGCUCUGUUGCUCCCAAGCUGAACUGGUCCGCCCCGAAAGAUGCAGCCUGGAUCUCACCGCACCAGAACACGCUCAAGUGCACAUCACCCAACGAUAUCUACCUCCUCCUCAAGAGCUCCAGCUUCGUCAGUCAUGACCUAGAGCACGCCUUCGAGGACACCGUUUCCUCAUCCGCCAAUAGGCCUUUCCAGCCCGUCUUGGUCUUGAGACCCUUCUUCGCACCCAAUCCGGCGCUUGAGUUUCGUUGUUUCGUCAAGCACCGCACUCUCAUCGGUCUCUGCCAGCGCGAUUGGAACUACUACCCCUUCCUUGACGGCCUGCGGCCAGCGCUGGUGUCCAAGGUCACCGACUUCUUCGAGGACCGUCUGCGCUUCACCUUCCCCGACGGGUCUUUUACUUUCGAUGUCUACGUUCCCGGCGACAGCGACUCGCGCGAUGAGCUCGGCAAGGUGCGCCUUAUCGACAUCAACCCCUGGGCGCCACGAACAGACAGUCUGCUCUUCAGCUGGGUCGAGUUGCUUGAGUUCAAGGUCCCUAAGCCUAUGCUGGGUUCCGUUUUAAACGAUGAGGAGCAGAUUGAAGGCAGUGGUGCGGACGAGACGACGGAUGACGAAGACGCCGAUGAGCUGGUCCCUGAGUUGAGGUUGGUCGAGAAGGAUAACCCAGCUGCCUUCAACUUCAGCACACCACAGUAUUCCGCGCACAAGCUGCCCAAGGAGGUUGUAGACGCGAGUUUUGCGGGUGAGGGCGGGCUGAGGGAGUUUGCUCAGCGGUGGAAGGAAAUGACGGAGGCUGAGGGUGGCGGUGAUGUCUGGGAGAAUCCUUCCACAGCCGAGACAUCAGGCUGA